UCUCCAGCCUUUCAAAAAUCAACGCUAUAUACUUUGAUUAAUACGGUGGGCAAAUUUAACAGUGUGUGUAAUAUACUUGGACAAAUAGUGUGGAUAUAACCUCUCUUUUGAGCCCCUAAUUACCGCUUGCGGUGGCACAGGACAGAGGCUGCCUCGGACCUAUAGUUUAAAGGAACCCGUAUUGAUUCAAACUCGACCCAGCCAUUGAACCCACAUUUUUAACGGAACCCUGCAUUUUUACCCCUUGGCUGGAGCUGCAACGAUCCCUUGAACCUUUUCCAUUAUUAUUUGUCAAGAAUCUCAUGCACACCAAACGUUUGCAUUUUUGUCAUAGCGAAAAACCCGAAAGUCAUGACCCAAAGCUAGCUUUUUAAUCAUUUCCCAAUCUCUUAUUCGAUAAAGUGACAAUGUAUUUUAAACGAUUCUCGCCUUGUAGAAACCAUUUUGGCCUCCUAAACCAACAAGUUCGCUCCUUUGCACGUGAUCCAUUUCCCAACAAACUCACUCAUUACCUUCACAGAGCAAAACUCAUUGACUCAAUACGACUCGCUCUCCGUUCCAACUCUCCUAUCUCACUCAACCCUCUUCUCCAAACUCGCCUUCUCGACUCCUUCGUUGUUGCAAACGCUCUUCGAUCUGCUCCUUCAGCGGACUCUGCUGUUUCUUUGUUUGAAAACCUUAAGCAAGUUUCAAACUUUGAGCAUUCCCAGAAUAGCAUUUUCGCUUUUGCGACUGUUCUUGCAAAGUUCAAGAGGAAGGAUGAACUCAAAGCCCUGAUUGGUGACAUUAAAGUUGGAAAAUUUAACAAUGUUAAAGUCAGUUUUAUGAACCUUUUGUUUUGGUAUUCGACUGCUGGGAACCUUGAAGAAGUUUUGAAUACAUGGGAAGAGUAUAGGAGUGAGGAAAAUCGCCUAUCGACAGAGGCUUAUAACAUUGUCAUGGGGCUUUAUGCUCAAAAAGUUAUGAAUUUGGAGGCUGUGGAGGCUUUUCGGGGUAUGAUUGACCAAGGGGUGAUUCCAAAUUCGAGGACUUAUACGAUUUUGAUAGAGCAUCUUGUGAGGUUAGGGAAGUUGGAUGCAGCUAUGGAAAUGUUUACUCUGUUGCCUUCAAUGAGAAUCAAGAGGACUUUGAAACAGUUUUCAAUUCUGGUUGAAGGCUUUGUUGGUGGGGAACGGUUUGAUGUGGUAAAAAGUUUGCUUAAAGAAAUGAGGGAUGAUGGGAAGCUUCCGGGACGAGCAAUGCGUGUGGAUUUGGAACAAAUGAAGGAGGCGGGAUUUGUUGAUGAGACUGAUGAGUUUCUUGUAGAAAUGUUGCCUGAUGGAAGGAUCAAGAGUGUAGGUUCUUGUGAGGAUAGUUGUGAUGAGGAUGAGGAUGAGGAUGAUGAUAUGAAUGAAGGAGUUGAUGUUCAUAUGGUCAGGUUGAAACCAUGGUUGGAUCCAAAGGCUUUGGCAAAUGCUUUAAAACAAUGGAGUCCUGAAGUGGUAGCUGUAUUAGAGGACGCUAAAUUUGUGUGGACUAGUCGGUUGGUUUGCAAAGUUCUUCGGAAUUUCAAUUCAGCUGAGACAGCUUGGAAUUUCUUCUGUUGGGUUGCUUCUCAGCCAGCAUUCACUCAUGACGUUUACACAGUGCAAAGAAUGAUGACUCUAUUGGCACGGCACGGAAAUGUUGAAUUGGUUGAUAAACUUAUAAAUAAAAUAAGGAGGGAGGGAAUGAGAUUACCUUUCAGCACCAUUAGGUUGCUUAUUGAAUUCUAUGGCAUUUCAAAGAAUGCUGAUGCCGCCUUGAAGGUCUUCCGUGAUGAUAGAACACUCUGUGGUCACAUAUCGAAGUUCAAUCUAAUGCUUUUGUAUUCUGCUCUCUUGAGGGCAUUAACAAAGUGUCGGAGGAACUCCGAUGCCCUGGAUGUACUUGAUGAGAUGAUGUUAAAUGGUACUUGCCCAGAUAUCCAGACAUUUUCUGGGUUGAUAUAUCACUUUGCACUACUGGGAGAUAUCAAAAAUGUUCAGCAACUAUUUUCGAUGGUUAGGCAGAGAGGUAUGGAACCUGAUGCCUACAUGUAUAAGUUACUAAUCCAAGCUUAUUGCAGGUGUGAGAGAGCUGCACUUGCAUGGAGAGUUUUUGAAGACAUGAGAAAUUCAAAUUUAAUGCCUGAUGCUGCCACAAAAGACUUUCUUGUGAAGAGUCUUUGGCAAGAAGGAAGGCGAAAAGAGGCUGUUACUGUAGAAGAGAGUUAUGAGGAGACUGAUGGAGUACUUCCACUGGCAUUACGUGGUCAUAUAUGGACAGUUAGCUCUGAAGAUCUCACCAGAGUUUAUAGUAUUUAUUCUAACAGUGUUACAGCCUCUGCAUAGAUUUGUUUAUCUUCUUCAAAGCGAAGUAUUUAGCAAUAUGGUCACAACUGCUUUCAUUUAGAAUUUAUUGUGUUAACCCCUGUUUUUUUUUUUUUUUCUUUUCCUUCCGGCAGUCUGGCAGGAAACUGCAUUUUUAUCUUGUGUUAUAUGUGGAUUGCAAUUUGCAAAUUUUAAUCUGUUGAAACAAAUUCUGAAAUGAAAUUUGAUAGACAAGACUGUCUCGGCAAAUAGAGGCAACACAAUUUUUCUCGAGCUCAUGGAGUAAUCAUCGUGAAAUCA